GUUCAAGCUUCUCUAACUGUCGUGCAUGUCAGCGAGCAGUUGCUGUGUCUAGACAAUUCAAACAGGUACAACAAUGUCCAGAAUCAUAGAAUGCGUGCCAAACUUCUCAGAAGGUCAAAAUAAAGAUGUAAUUGAAGCCAUUGCCAAUGCCAUUGGGAGUACAGAAGGUGUAUCAUUAUUAGAUGUGGAUCCAGGCAUUUCUACGAAUCGUACCGUCUAUACGUUUGUAGGUACACCAGAUACUGUAGUGGAAGGUGCACUGAAUGGUGCCAGGGUUGCCUACCAGCUGAUUGAUAUGACUCGACAUACAGGUGAACACCCUCGAAUGGGUGCUUUGGAUGUAUGUCCAUUUGUUCCUGUCAGAGGUGUCUCAAUGGAAGACUGUGUGGCUUGUGCCAAAGAAUUCGGUGAACGAUUGGCUGGAGAGUUAGGAGUUCCAGUUUAUUUGUAUGCUGAAGCGGCAACCGAAGAACAUCGAUUGACACUGCCCCAGAUUAGAUCUGGUGAAUACGAGGGUUUCUCUGAUAAGCUUCUAAAGCCUGAAUGGAAGCCAGACUUUGGUCCAGCUGACUUUGUACCUACAUGGGGCGCCACGGCAACUGGAGCCAGGAAGUUCUUGAUUGCUUACAAUGUGAAUUUAUUAUCUACCAAAGAGCAAGCUCACAGGAUUGCAUUGAAUAUCAGAGAACAAGGAAGAGGGCCGGAAGAGCCAGGAAAACUCAAGUGUGUUCAAGCUAUUGGUUGGUAUUUGGAAGAAGCUAACAUGGCACAGUUAUCCUCUAAUUUGACUGACUUUGAAGUGACUGGUAUGCACACUGUAUUUGAAGAAGCCAGUGAAGAAGCCAGUGAACUGAAUUGGGCGGUUUGUGGUUCUCAGAUUGUUGGAUUAGUUCCACUGAAAGCUAUCUUGAUGGCUGCUGAUUAUUACAUGAAAAAAGAAAACCUUUUCAUCCUUGAAGAAGAUCAAAAGAUUAGACUGGUUGUUGAUAGACUUGGUCUCAAUUCAUUGGGUUCAUUCAACCCCAAAGAAAGAAUCAUUGAGUAA